UACGCGCACGCGCCCUGAUUGUUCGCGCUCCAUCUCUGUGGUAGUGCGCUAUCGUUUUACGCACAUUUAUCGGACACUUGUCAGCAUCCGUCUGUCUCUUCUCGCUGCGUCGAGCUGGAGUCAUUAAACCCUGUCAAUUAAUUCUGUGGGAAGACUCUGAGAGGCAACAUGGACGACUCUAGCUUCAAGCUAAGAUGCGAACUUCGCGGUCACGAUGAAGACGUGAGAGGGACAUGUCUUUGCAGUGACAUGAGGAUUGCGUCUGCUUCUCGAGACAAGACCGUGAGACUAUGGUCACCUGUGGAUGGGGAGAGGGGUGGUUACGAGCUUGGUGCGGUGAUGGUUGGUCAUGCUGGUUUUGUUGGCCCGGUGGCAUGGAUGUCGCCCAAUGAAGAUCUACCAAACGGAGGACUAGUUACCGGUGGAAUGGAUGCCCGUGUCAUUGUAUGGGACUGCGGGACGGCAUCGUUGGUUCAAGAUCUGAGGGGCCAUGAGUUGCAAGUCACAGGUGUUGCUGUGCAAGAAAAUGGAGACGUAGUGUCCUGUUCUAUCGACAAGACUUUGCGGGUGUGGAGAAAGGGAGUGUGCAAAGAGGUGCUGCAAGGGCACGAUGGGCCUGUGCUUUGUGUUUGCGUCCUCCCUACAGGGGAAAUUAUCUCAGGAUCUGGGGACUGCACGAUUAAGCUGUGGCGAAGCUCCAGCUGUGUACACACAUUUCGAGGCCAUACAGAUUCUGUUCGCGGGCUGGCUUUUCUUCCUGGCGUUGGAAUUGUGUCGGGGUCCCAUGAUGGCAUGGUGAGGCUCUGGUCUGUCACAGGGCAGCCCCUGCUCCAUUUUGUUGGACACACCGCAUUGGUGUUCAGCGUUGCUGUGAGUACGAGUGGUGAAAUUGCAUCCGGAAGUGAAGAUGGAACGGCGAGAGUUUGGGGAGGUGACGGUGAGUGUAAAGAUAAGAUAGAACACCCAGGUUGUGUAUGGAAUAUCAUCUAUCUUCCGAAUGGCGACCUUGUCACUGCUUGUGCCGAUGGUGUGAUUCGAGUGUGGACUCGUGACCUGCAGCGAGUAGCAUCAGAUGAGCAGAUCCAAGCAUACGAGCUGGCUUUGCAGGAAAGAAGAAGAGCAAAGACCGUGGGAGGACGGCCAGUUUCUGAUUUACCGGGACCAGAGGAACUUGAACAACCAGGAAAGAAGGAUGGACAGACAAGAAUUGUGAGAGAAGGUGGUGUCGGGAUUGCAUACACGUGGAGUGAAAAGGAGUACAAGUGGGAAAAGAUCGGCGAAGUUGUUGAUGGUCCCAGUGAUGCCCUUGAGAAACGAACUCUAAACGGAGUGAGAUAUGAUUUUGUUUUCGAUGUGGACAUUGGCGAUGGUGCUCCCCUCAGGAAGCUUCCGUACAAUCGAGGACAAAACCCCUAUGACGUGGCCGAUAACUGGCUUAUGGAACAGGAACUUCCGCCCGCAUACAGAGAGCAAGUGGUAGAGUUCAUUGUGACCAAUACUGGUGAGCGCAUCGAGCCGGUGGACUUGUCCGUGCCAGAUCCUUUCACUGGGGGUGGUGCGUAUGUACCCACGCAAUCUCAGAUGCAAGGUUCAGUCGCUGGUUCAAGGGCUGCCAUCCGGACGAGUGUGGACCCUUCUAUAAAUGCCGACCCCUUUACAGGAGGGGGCUCGGGCUCUUCAGUUGCUGCUCAGAAUUCACACACCUCAACAGCAACCGGACAAACCAGUCUAAAGCAUGUCCCCAAGAGAGGGUAUCUGUACUUUGACAGUGCUCAGUUUGAUGGAAUUCAGAAGAAAUUGUAUGAAUUUAAUGGCAUCCUUGCUGGCGAUUCGGCGUUGGCUGCCCACGCUAUGGAUUCUGCAGAAAAAGAACGACUUCAGAUUCUCAUCAGAACUCUUCAGGAUACAUCACGGUACCAUGCAAGUACAUUUGCUCAUGCAGAUCUCGUCCUUUUGAAAAAACUCCUCGCUUGGCCUCCAGCUUAUCUAUUCCCAGUUUUGGAUGUGCUGAGGAUGCUCGCACUUCACAGUCAAGGAGCGACAAUGCUAGCUGAAGAAACUGGGAAGGCAAAAGAUUUCUUGCUAGAGGGUAUCGUGUCAGUGAGCACACCACCUGUGGUUGCAGCAAAUCUGUUGACGGGUGCUCGAAUGCUGACAAACUGCUUUCGGUAUGCAAGCCUAAGAAGCUGGGUGGAGCAGCAUCGGUCGGAGGUUCUGGAUUCUCUUGCCAUCUGUUGCGCGUCGAGUAAUAAAAAUGUCCGUCUGGCUUUUUCAACAUUGCUAUUAAACUUUGCAGUUCUCCUAUGUGAGGCAAAAGAUGAGAAUGGUCAAAUCCAAUGCCUUUCUGCUUCAAUAGAGCUUGCAUCAGCAGACGAGGAUCCUGAAAAUAUUUUCCGGACAUUGGUUGCCAUUGGAACUCUUCACUUGUGAGAAUUUCUUCUAUGCAGGGCCACUCAGUCUUAUGUCAACAAAUGGAACAAAAGUUCAAAACACUG